CGAGUUCUCACACACAGCGACCUACUAUCUCAUAAGCCUAUACCAUCCGUUGAGCCACACCCAACUCCGCCAUGGCGAACCCCUCCAAUUUCCAGAUCACUCCCCGCGCCGCGUUCGUGGAGAGCAACGAGCUCAACUUCCGCAGUCUGUACCUGUUCCACACUUCCCUCGGCGCAAACCAGACCCAGUCCACCGUAAUAGACCCGAAUGCUAGUACCGGUUUGGGUCAGACGGCUGUUAACAACUGGGCGAUAUGUGAUAGCCCUAGCCCCGGUGCCACCGUCGUUGCACGUGCACAUGGCCUGCAUAUCUAUGCCGGUAACUGGCAGAACACCUUCAGCAUAACCUUUGAAGUUGAAAGGUUUAAGGGGUCAACGCUUCAGGUGAUGGGGAUAUCUGUUGAGGAAGGUGAGUGGGCUAUUGUUGGUGGCACAGGACAGUUCGCAAUGGCAAACGGUGUCAUAUACAAAAAGUUCCAUGAGCAGAGGAGCGACGGUAACAUCAUAGAACUCACUGUCCACGCGUUCUGUCCAGUGCUGAAAGGCUCGCCGAGCCUUCUCACAAAGCUUGGGCCAUGGGGUGGAAGUGGAGGGUCAGAUAAAGACAUCGUUGAGGCACCAAGGCGUCUAGAGAGCAUCACAGUUAGCAGCGGCUCGAUUAUUGAUUCAAUCAAAUUUUCUUAUGUUGACCAAGCUGGCCAGAAGCACACAAGUGGACCCUGGGGAGGAUCCGGAGGAAAUCCGAACACGAUCGUACUCGGGGCUUCUGAGUUUGUGAAGGAAGUUUCUGGAACAUACGGCAUUUAUGACGCAGACCAACACAACAUAAUAAUGUCACUGAAAUUCAUCACCAAUGUGAAGGCUUAUGGGCCUUUCGGAGAAGCGAAUGGAACCCCUUUCACCAUACCUGUGGAAAACAAUAGCAGCAUAGUGGGCUUCUUCGGGCGUAGUGGGAUAUAUCUCGAUGCGCUUGGUGUCUACGUGCGCCCGCUCUAAGCAACAACAGCUAAUGUUCUUAUUUUCGGCGUUUGUUUCUCAUUUCAAAUAAGAAGAUGGGAUCGUUGUCCUUUCUCAUCCGGAAGAUCCUAUGUAGCCACCCGGACUUUUAGGUCCCUUUGUUGUGAUGAAUAAAAAUAUCAGUUUUCUUAUA